CUCAGUAGUACCACAGCAGCCUGCCAAACAGCAUCUUCAUCACCACACAUUCAAGAAAACACACACACACGCGCGCACCAAGAGUGAGAACAUAGGAAGAGUUUUAAGAGAGAAGCAAAGAUUCUUUGGCUUGUUCCUCUGCUCUCAGUUUUCCAUUGAUUUGCAUCCCUGAUAUGACCCUGUUCAGUCCGAGAUACAUGAGCAUGAGUGGAGAGUUGAAGUCGAGCCGCUCCAGGGCAGCCAGUAAGAGGGCCAGCAACACCACAUAUGGAUCAGAGUUUGAUUUGGACUACGACAGCUACCACGAGGACUACUAUGACAGGGCGUGUGACUACCAGCGUGUGCCAGCCUCCCUCUCUCCUCUCCCUUCGGGACCAAGUGGGGCCAAGAGAUCCCGCUCCAACUCCUACUCCUACUCAAGCGGGCACAGACGCAGUAGAGACAGAACCCACUCUAAAAGCUCAAGAGCCCACUCCACAAGUUCAAAUACAGCCAAGUUGGGGAUGGAGGAGCUGCAGGUGAUUAAAAAGGAGCUGACUUUGAUAAAGACACAGAUCGAUGGGCUCCUUGACAGCCUUGACAGGAUGGACACACAGAGGAAUGACCACAAAGACUCUCCCCUGAGAGAGGACAGUCCGCCCAGCCUGUCCUAUGUCGUGUCGGCCAGCAGUCCGGAGCAUUCCCUCUCCUCCCUCUCCCCACCCAGCUCCCGCCAUCGGAUCCACAGGGAGAGCCCCGACAUGAAGAUGAGCAGCCACAGCUCCGACCCCGAAGAGGAGAUAUGAGGGACGCGCAGGGGGGAGACGUAAAAGACGUGGAUUAGGUGCCAAACGUGGACGAAGAGAAACAUAAACCUUCAACUCAACACCCACCAACAGAGGCUCACCGCCGGUUGGACAUAUCAGAUCAGAUUUAUAAUUACCACAGCUGCUUGACCCAGCAACGAGGAUGCAAAUAAAAUAUGAUCGACCUGAUUAUUUCAGAUUAACUGAGAGAGAGUGAUGCCCUGACGCUAUCUGUAAAGCAAAAAAUAAAUUAAAGCUGGACGCUGAAACCCCGCUACUUGAAAUGAAUCCAUUCUGCUGAAGGCACAGAUCAAUAAGGACAGCAAUACUUCACAUGAUCAGGUUAAUGCAAACGAAUCAAGUCAGAUCACAAUCCUACCAGUGUGUUUACUUACACCCCCCCUCUUCUUCAGAUGAGACAAUUUUCAGCAUUAAUCACUACAUAUCACUGAUUUAUUUAAAGGUAAAAAAAAAAACAGCGCAAAAUACAAGAAAAAAAAUAAAAUCAGGCUGGAUAGAGAACAACUUGGAACACCACUGGAAUAGACUUUGAUUUAAACCAUUGCACUGCAGCUCUGACUGUACGGUUAGGGCCACUAAUCUGCUGGAAGGCCCCUCCAUCCCAGUUUCAAUACUUUGACAGCCUCUAAAAGUUUUUUUCUUUGCAGGAUUUCUGUAUUUAGCUCCAUACAUUUUCCCACCCAAACUGACCAGCCUCUGUUUCUUUGCUGAAGUAAAGGAUCCACAAAGCAUGACGCUGCCACUACUAUGUUUUACCGUAGGGGGGGGCGGUGUGUCCAAGAACAUGUGCAGAGCUAGUUUUGCUCCAUACAUAGUGUUGUGCAUGUAGGCCAAAAGCUCAUGUUUAGCUCCUCAAGGCCGCAGGAAUUUAUUUAAGGUUAUUAGAGUAAAAGGCAGCUCAACACAAAUCCAUUCUGCACUUUUGGGGGUUUUAUUGCUAAAAAAAUACUUAUAAAGACAUCAUUUUAUUUCAUAAUCAUGUCUUAAAUUGUGUGUGUGCCACAAAAACUCUCAAUAAAAUACACUGAAGUUGGUCGUUGCAACAUGACAAAAUGUGAAAAAGUUUAACGGGUAUGAUUACUUUUGUAAGGCGCUGUACUUUCUCUGCACCAGGUGUGCCAGUGAAAGAUUACAAAUCUCCUCUGCUACAUAUUUGAAACAUGUAAAGGCCCCCGAUCAGUGUGUAAUAUUGUGUAUUGUUGUAUACUUUAUUGGAAUUGUUCAGCUCUUGAAACUUUAUCCUAAUUUAGGAGUUCUUGUGUGGUACUUUUUUUAAAGGAAACCUAUGUUGUUAUAAAUAAUUGUAUAAUUCCUUUGUUGUUAAAUAUAUUUUGGUUUGCACUGUCAAGAUAAACCUAGUGAAAAUACUCGUUGUUGCUGUAGUGAAAGUAUUUUCAUAUUAAGUAUAUAUGCAGCACAUUCUAGUGUGUUUUUAUCUUGAAAGACCAUGACAGAAAUGGAAGAAGAAUAAAAGACAAUGGUAGAAGAAA